CAGCAGGUCGCGGCCCCGCGCUGUAGACACACACACACACACACACACACACACCUCACGCGGUUUCCUUUCCCCUUCCGAACACUUCCCAGCAGUCUGCACGCGUGAGGAAUGUCCGCUAUACGAGGUGGCUCCGCAUCAUCAUCAUCAUCAGGCGGGAUGACGUAAUGACGCGUCUGAAGUUUUUGAAAGUUUUUCCUCCUAGGUCGCGUGAGUGAGAAGCGACCAUACAUACACACGCGCCACACCGCGCGCGCACGCCAGUACCUGGACCCACGCGGAACCUGCUCCUGGACCUCCGAUCUCUCGCGUUAUGUAAAAACUGAUAAAGGAACAACAACCGGAACAGCAACAAAGUUGCGCCAGGACGAAAACUUUCAAAGCUCGAGAGCGAGGCACGUCGCGCGCGCAUGUGGUCGCGGACGGCGGUGGUGAUCUGGCGGGCCGCGCGCCUGCUCGCGCUCGUGUGUUUGCCGUUGGUCGGUGCGCGAGGUGCCUACGCGCGUGGCGCGGCGAGCACGCGCCGAGACGAUUUGUUCCGCCAGGAGGAAGUAGUCAUGGUGACAGCAGGCGGCCAGAUCCAGAGCCCACGGUACCCAAACGCCUACCCGCGCAACCUCCUGUUGUCAUGGAAACUGCUGGCCCCACCCUUCACACGCGUUGUGCUAGAGUUUGAUGGGAGGUUUGGGUUGGAGGAGCCUGAGAACAACAUGUGCAGACAUGAUUUUGUGGCAGUUGAUGACAUUUCAGAAAGCAGUACCAUCACUUGGGGUCCCUGGUGUGGACGGAAAGCCCCAAGUCCCAUCACAUCCAAAAACAACAUGAUCAGAAUAAGGUUCAAAUCUGAUGACUUCUUUGUUGCCAAGCCAGGAUUCAAACUCUGCUACUCCCUGCUGGUUGAUGCUCCUCCGACUUAUUUGAAUAACUUAGAGACUGUCACAGUUGUGUCGGAUGAAGUCUCUGUCCCUAGUGCUUCAUUAUCAGCUGAUGCUUUGGAUAAUAUCAUUGCGGGGUUCAGUACAGUGGAGGAGGUUUUUCGACACAUGAACCCGCAGACCUGGAGACAGGAUCUGAACUCCAUCUACACACAAACGCAUACACAGCAGUACAUACCACGAAGCUACCAUGCCAGCCGUGUGAACAAAAUUAAUCUGGAUCGUCUUUACGAGGACGUGAGACUGUACAGCUGCACACCACGUAAUUUUUCCAUAAAUCUGCGGGAGGAACUGAAGGCCACCAAUGCUGUUUUCUUCCCAAGAUGCCUCUUGGUGAAGCGCUGUGGUGGGAACUGUGCCUGUGGAACAGAUCUUUGGAACUACUGCACCUGUAGCCCUGCCAAAACAGUCAGCAAGCUCCAUGAGGUGCUAAAGUUUGCCCCAGGACCAAAUUUCUACAAGAAAUCCAGAGCGAGCUGGACUCUCGAGGAAAUCAACCUGCAGCAUCACGAGCGAUGCGAAUGUGCGUGUCACACGCGGCCACCUCGAUGAGAGACGCGCGUACAAAUAAUACACAAGCAACUCACACACACACACACACAUUCACUCAGUAUUUCAAACAGUAACUGGUGUAACUAAUGGACCUUUUCUUUUGUAGUUUGUAUCUUCACACACACACACACACUCAUGUAAUUCUGUUUUAUGUUUAUUCUUCUUGCAAACAAAGAAAAUGGGACCAAACUGCUCUAAGACUAUUCUAUUUUUUCACACACACACUUGCACACACACACACACACACACACACACACACACACACACUCUUAUUUAAUUCUGUUUUAUGGUAAUUCUUCUUGCAAACACAGAAAAUGGGACCAAACUGCUCUAAGACUAUUCUAUUUUUCACACACACACACACACUCGCGCACACACACACACACACACACACACACACACAUGCAUGCACACAUUCCAGUCAUCUCGCUGGUUUCAAAGAUGAAAGUACAAGCCAGAAGAGGGUGUUUUUCAGUCGUUAUCAAAAACAGUACAUUCCCCUCAUACCAGCCUUUCCUCAUACAUACACACACACACACACACACAAUGCUGAAAGUAUGAUUAGUGUAAGAGUGUUGGUUCCACUGGGUUGGUCAAACAGCCACACCCAGAUUGAAUUAUUUCCUGUUUUUAGUAUUAUUACUAUUAUUAUUAUUAUUUGUCUUAAAACACAAAUAAACAGAUUCUCAAGG